AUGGUGAACAAGGCUAUCAAGAAUAUUGUAGACCAAAAUAGAGUCUCGAGUUUGUUUCGUGAUACUUUCACAGGACCAACAUGUCUAUAUCAUUGGUUAAGUACCAAGAGACCUCCACGGUUUCUCCGGAGAAAUCUAUCGUACAUGCAAAAAACUCCAAAAAAUACCACAAAGAUGCAAAAGACGACUCAGAGGAAAAAGCGUAACACACUUGAGGAAUUAUUUAGGCGUCGAGAAAAAGAGGAAGAACUACUUUCCACCAGUCGAACCAAACGUUCCCUCCAAUUGACCUUUGAGGGAUUGGUC